CAUUAUACCCUAGCAGUCGACGCAAGUGACAAGAUAUAUAAUUUUGAUUGCAAUAAUAUACAGAAAGGAAAUGAUACAUAAUACAUCGGACUGACAUGGGAUGUGGCGGGAGUACAGAUAGCCCAAAGGCUGAGCAUGGACAUCGACGUACUUCAAUCUUUGCAAAACCUGUGGUCAAUUUGGAUAUAGGAGAAAAUGUUAAGCUGAAGGAUUCAAAUCCCAGAUUAAUAUUUGUGUUCGGUGGGCCUGGUUCCAAAAAGGGAAAAAUGGUGUACAACAUAGCUCAAGUGUUUGGCUUUAACACUCUUAAUGUGGAAAAUAUAAUAUUGGAAGAACUUGCAAAGAAGCUGGAAGAACCUGAUCCAUCUCGUCUAACAGCACAAGUUCAACAACUUAUUAAAGCACAACCAGAACUUCUCAGACUAGAUGUUGUUUUGAAGUGGGUUGCCAAAGCUUUGAGUGAAAUGAACAAAGACCAGACCAUAUUGGUGGACUGGAUGCCCAAUUUGAAAUAUAUGCAGAUGGUUUCUACAUUCGUAAAAGACUGCCAUCAUGAAUUUAGAUUUUUUGAGGACAAGUAUCCUGUAUCAUUUGCCUUCUACAUGUUAAUAUCCCAAGAAAAGUUUGUAAAGAAAGCUGUAGCUGAAUGUGCAAAACAUCCUACAGCAACCCCAAAAGGCAAGGAAGGAGCUGCUCAAACAGAUGAAGCUGAUGUCACUAGAACUUCUAAAAGAGCAACAUUAUUUACAAAUGCAGUAAAACCAUUUAUUGAUCUGUUUUCCAAAACUGGCAGACUAGCAACAUUAGAUAUGAGUACUGGAAAUGCAGAUGAGUUAUGGGAAAAAGUAGUGGAAUUUUUCUCUGAAUUGAAUAUAAGUUUUACUAGAAAAAUUGACAAUGUCAUCUUAUUCACAUUUACUGAAGCAGACUGUGUAAAGCUUGAGAUAGAUAGAUAUAACAUAGAUAGAAUCUGUAUUAAAGAUUUACCUAUUGACCUCGGUCAGCCUGCAGAAAAGUUGAUAAAAGUAUUUGUUAAAUUAUUAGACACAACAGAUCCCAUAAAGAAAGUAUACAAUAUUGAUUGCUCAGGUACCUGUAUACAAAAAGACAGUUUAACUAAGGAGUAUAAGAAAAAGAUAGUAUUUCAGGACUUUGGUUCAUAUGAACUGACUAAAUUUGUACCGCUGAUUCAUCCUGGAAAGGUGAAACCUACUCAUCUGAAGGCUAUAGCUUCUACAGAAAAUGAACUAUGUCUAUUCCCUGAAGAUACACCCAUCAUUCUAUGUCAUUGGAUUGUCAGUGUGAUGAGAUCUGCAAGAGAUAAAUGAUAGUGUAUUUAAUGGUUUAGUUUUAUCCUUAGAUAGUGGCAAUACUUGGUUAUUGGGAGAGUUUUAUAUCAAAUCAGAAUUACUCUGUAAUGCAAAUUUUUAAUAGUAAGCUAUUUUUUUCUAUAGAAAUCCUAACAUGUAGAAACUGAGACUUUUAUAAGAAUUUGAAGUAUAAAUUUUUAGAUUAGAAUUUAUAUUGUACAAGUUUAAAACAUAAAUUGAUGUGUGUAAUAUUAUGGUCAUGUGAAGAAAUAGUAGUCUAUUAAUGGAAUAAGCUGAAGUAUAUUAUGUUGAGUAAUAUAUUGUCUAUGCAGGUGUUUUUAUUACUUUCAUUAUUGUCAAUUUUUAGUAACAAGCUUAUUUAAGAUUAAAUUGCACAGUUGGAAAGUGAGCUAAGUUACUCUUAUGUCUCAAAAUUGAAAAAAUGCCAUGCAAUUGUCUCAAUUAUUUCAUUUUCAAUAAUCAAACAAGCUGAAGAUAUUUUGUUGUAUCCUUUUAAGUUUAUAACACCUAUGUUCCUACAUUCUUAAAAUUGGAAUUAGGUAUAAGAAAGGAAGAGAAUGUUGGAGACAAAUUAGUAUAAUAACUGAUGAACUAAUUGGGGCAUUGUACAUUUGUUAAGUUUUCUUUAGUUUUUGUAGAUAAUAACUAUUGUCACCCAUAAUUUGUUAAAUUGGAAAAAUUUGUAUCACCAAACAAUGUGUGGUAUGAUUGUUCUUAGCUCUUCAGUGUUUGAAAACUCAGUUUGAUUUUAUAUUCCUUAGUUUUUCAACUUUGAAUGACCAAAAAGUGACCAUGAUUGCAGAUUGAGUUCUUCAACUCUUAUUAAAAAGUCAUAGCACAUUACUGACCUACUUAUUUUCCAGAAGUAAUGUUAUAUUCUUACUACUCCUGGUCUGUAUAAAUGGCAGCCAACUUUUUGGUUUUGUCACUUGUUUUUUCUGUUGAUGGCCAGUUACAUUUGAAAAAUGAAGUUUUUUCUGUUGAUGGCCAGUUACAUUUGAAAAAGGAAGUUUUUUCUGUUGAUGGCCAGUUACAUUUGAAAAAGGAACAUGGUAUUGAUUUAAGCUUAUUUAGCCCAGUCACAUUUGAUUGUUUAAGAUUAAAGCCAGAUAUAUGAUAUUCUUGAUUAUUUUUUAUUUGUUUUAUUAUUAUUGAUUUUGUAUUUGGUAUUUGAUAUAUUUCUUUUGCUUGUUUUGCUGUAAUUUUUAUGCAUUCUUCUUCAGGGUUUGGUAUAUUUUAGUUCAUUCUCAUUUGUUGAAGAACAUUCAGAUGGCUUCAUUGAUUUAUUUGUUUUGGCUCUGUGUAUAUGGGAUAUUUUUGUGUUUACAUCUACGCAAAACUUUUUGAUAUCCAUACUCAAGAGGUCAAGAAAGAGGAAAAUAAGAUUCAACACAUUGUAGAGAAAGGAUAUUAAUCUUUUUCCACAUCUAGUGCUAAAAUUUACAGAGAAACAAUUGAAGUUUACUCCACAACUCGUUUUAUAUAUAUUAAACAUAACAUCAUAUACAAAAACACAGUUUUUUAAAUUUUCAAGUAUUUGAUUAUGAGACUAUUCAGAAUUAAUUUAUAACUGUUAGUUAAAUAAUUUAUAUGAGCGAACCUGUGAAUGGAAAUUCACAUUUUUUAGUCAUUGUUAGAUAUUUAAAAAGAAAUAUAUGUUCCUGCAUAUUUUAGCAGAGAUACAUGUCUGUUGAUUUUUAAAAUUAAUUUUCUGAUUAAUGCAUUUUUUUUUCCAAUUUCUUUAUUUUGCAUUAAUAAAACCAUGUGAUAAACAUCUCACUGAAAUUAAGUGUGUGAUACUAAUAUUGGUCUCAAUCAUUUAACUGUUUAGUUGUUUUUUGUGUAGUACUUAAACUUAUUGUACUUUUCCUCCUCUGAUAUUUUUGUGAUUAUUGUAUGGGAUCUUGUUUGAUUCUUUUUAUUACAAAAAUUGCAUGGAUCAUGGUGCUCAUAUUAAAUUUUUGCGCCAUUUCUCAAAUGUUUUUGUUUCUUUUGACAGAAAAAAUAUUUCACCAGAACUUGUUUACUUUUAUCUUAUCAUGUGCAUAAGUUGUUGUUAACAUCUUAGUCAUUAGUUCUUUUGUGGAUUAUUGUCUCACAAUCAUACCACAUCUCCUAAUUUUUAUAUUUUAAUUUGAUUUUUCAUUUUAAAGGUAUUGAUUUUUUCACACUGUAUAUUGUGUUUCAAUCAGCAUUAAUUCAAACACUCCAUUUUUACCUCUGAACUAUAUCACAGAUUGUUAUUAAAGUAUAUUAUGGGGAUUAAUUUGCACACAUUGCACGACUGCUGAAUCAGUGGAAAAAAGUUGAUGAAACUUUUCUGACAGUAGAUUAUUGUGUUUCUCCUCUUGUUUGCUUAAAUAUAAGUUUUUUUUAUUUUUUUCUCAUAGCAAAGCAGAUUUUGUAAGGAAGGGUUAUUAAUCUUGCUUACAGUACAUUUUGUUUGAACAUACUAAUGUCUAUUAACAAUUUUAAAUAUUUAGGACCACUGCACCAUACCAUGAUGAUUAUUGGUUUAAUUAUAUUUCACCUUAUUUUUUUGCAAUAUUUAAUGAUAUUCUUUACUGUGGCCUUAUUGGUUAUUUUUUAUAUUGUUGUGUUAUUUUUAUUAUUUGUUAUCUCUAAUUUUUCUCUAAUUUCUAGUCAUUCUGGCAUUUAAUUUUGCAUACAUUUCAUCCGUCCAUUUUAUUUUAGAUAAAUAUGCUAGUAUUUUUUGUUAACAAAAAUGUGUAACAACAAUCUUCACUAAUUGAGGAGAGCUUCUAACCCUUUUGGAGCACCAGAGUAAUGACCUAUAAUAAUUUGAUUUGGUUUGAGUUGAUCAAUCAGUUGUUUGUCUUUUUUCUUUGACUAUAAAGCUGUCAUCUAUUACUUCCAAUUGAUCAAGAUUAAGUUAUCAAAAAGCAUUAGUGUGCACUAUCUGUCAGAUUAUUGCUUUGCAAUGUCAAAAUGCCAUAAGGGCUUUGUAAGCUUUUACCAACUCUAAGAAAACCAAUCUGUAUUGCCACUUGGCUAAUUAAAUUUAAAUUUUAUAGCUCUCUUAAUUGAUUUAGAUAAUAUGAACCUCCAAAGUACAAAAAUCUAGCAUGUUUUGAGUGAAAACAAUUUCUCCCCAGCUUCCAUAAUUUGUCAACAGUAGAUAGGGCAAUAUAAAGGUGUGGCCUGUUGAUUUUGUUCUCUUUAAGCAUUAUAUUUUAACAUUGAUGUUACUAAAUGUUAAAGUAUUGGAAUAUUUUUUUAUAUUUACAGGAAACAUUUAUUUACCAUUUUGGGACCAAUCAUCUUAUUUCUUUAUGCAUCUUCAUUGUUGUAAUUUCAUCAUUUUAAUGCAGGAAUAUGUAUUUGUUGAAAUGUAAUGCUCAUCUGUUCCUUAAAGCCCUGUCAAUUAUUUGACGGAAGGCCAAUAGUAAUCAGCUUGUCUGUCUGUCCUUCUGUGAUCACAAAUCAUUUGGAGUUUGGUAAAGGCACUUGGCUUGAUUAUUCAACACUACUCAAGAUGAGUUGCAAGGAAGGAAAAAACUUCAUUGAUAUUGAAAUUCAUGAUAAAAAGUUAGCCACUCAUGUGUCUAGGUACAAAAAUUAUUUCCCCUCUCCUACUUAAAAGCCUUCUUGGAGUUGGUUAAUGAAUCUUUGUAUGUUUUUCAUUACUAGUAAAUGUAGUAGAUGGUGUGUUACAUGUAAGGACAAACAUAGUAAGUUGAAAGUCAUGGUAAAAUACUUAGUUCAACUUAGCUACCCCUGUGUAUAUGAACAAAAAUCACUUCCAUUCUAUAACUUUAAAACCCUUGCAGUUUGGGGAUGAAUUAUUGAUCUAUCAAUUAGAUUACUGCUUCCCAGAUUGCAGAUUAAUGCUAUGUUCAAAUGGAAUAGUGCUGAUUUUGAAACUGCAUCACAAUUUACAGACUUAAUUACAUUGGAGUGGAUGGGACCCAAGGAAGGCACAUUGACAUUUCAUCUAUGGGUAUGUGUUUUUGUACAAUAAAACUGUAAAAGAAAUUUUAAAUUGCUUUUAUAGAUGGGUUAUCCCAUUUUUAAAGCACCUUCCCUGGGUAUCAUCCUCUCCAUGUUUUAAUGGAAUAGCCCUAAGGUUAUUUUCAAAUAAUCAAUUAAGGCUUAUAAAACAUACUAUUUCUCUUUUAAAUCCAUAACCUUAUUUACAGUUGCUCUGUCUGCUGUCAGUUUUCUUUUGAUGUUCAAAUUUUACCUGCAAUUUGAGAUUUCUUAUACCUAUUUCAUUAUUAGAAAAAAAUGUGAUAAAAUAUUGAAUUCCAUGAAUGUAAUUUUAAUGUUUGGGUUGAUACUAUGAAUUUUAUGAAUUAGUUUAGAGUGGCAUUGCCACUUGUGUUUUAGAUUAUUAAAUUUUUUGUCGUUAUGAGAUAUCACCAUAGAAUAUAUUUUUAUGCUCCACCUAGGGGCAUUAUGUGUUUCGGUCUGUGCAUCUGUUCGUUCGUUAGUUCGUCUGUCUGUCCGUCCGUCUGUCCUGCUUCAGGUUAAAGUUUUUGGUCAAGGUAGUUUUUGAUGAAGUUGAAGUCCAAUCAACUUGAAACUUAGUACACAUGUUCCCUAUGAUAUGAUCUUUUUAAUUUUAAUGCCAAAUUAGCGUUUUGACCCCAAUUUUAUGGUCCACUAAACAUAGAAAAUGAUAGUGCGAGUGGGGCAUCUGUGUACUAUGGACACAUUCUUGUUAUUUUGUAAAUUGAUUAUUCUUCAUUCUUAAAAAGGUUGUUUCAAAAUAAUUGUAGGUCUUGUUUUAACUUUCAUAUAUAUAGAUAGGUUUAAAGUUAAAAGUAUGUGUUAUUCAUAGAUUGUAUCUCUGUAGAAAACUCACAUGUUUUUUUUUUCUUUUUUCGCAAAAGUUAUAAUGUGUUCAUGUAAUUUAUGUAGCUUUGACAUUCCAAAUAAUAAUAGGAUAUUUUUUUUAAAUUUUUUUUUAUGAAGAUUGGAAUAUAAAUAGCUUAAGAACUAAAUUGUUCCUGGUGGUUUUUUUUCCACAAUAUUUUCAGUCAUACUUUUCUACAUAUUUAGAUUCUAUAGUUCAUGAAUGGUGAGAUUAAAUGUUACAAGUUUGAAUUUUGUUCUUGUAACAGACUAAAAGUAAAAUCAUGAUUGACUCUUCAAGUUGAGGGCAUUUCAUCAAAAUAAAUUAGUUUGUUAUAAUAAAGAUAAAGAACUUACUGCAUUUUUGGUUUGCAUUGUGAUUAUGGACAGAAUGACCAGCUUAUUUCUCAGAAUGUUAUUAAGAUUAAUACGAAUAUUAAGCAGCUAAUUUGAUGGGCUUGAAAACUGAAGUUAUCCAUGCAAUUAAAAAUCAAACGUGCUAUAUUAUAUUGCAUUUUGAAAUGUAGUUCUUGUAUAUUUUAUGGUACAGUUUUCUGAUUUUAUAUUGUUUUAAUACUCAAAAGUUCCAGAAAUAAUCCUAUUGCAGUGCAUAAUAUUUAUGUAACAUGCCCUAUGAAUCUGACCAACUCAUUAGAAACUGUAUCUUAUUUAUUGUUAUUUUUACAGUAGUUGUUAUACAAUUUAAAUAAAUCUUGAAGUUUA